UAUAUAAAGGGUAGUUUUGUUCAAUAUCAACAGAACAAUUUAAACCGAUCGACACACAAGUUGCCGUUCAAUUAAUCAUGAAGGUCUUGAUCUGUUUGAUGCUCGUGGCUUUGGCCUACGCCGAAGAAGAAAAGACGGUCCAGAAACGAGGUCUUGGUCUCAGCCUUGGAUACGGAUGGGCUGGAGAUUAUGGUGGCUAUGGACAUGGAUAUGGACAUGGGUAUGGUGACCACGGUCAUUCUGUCCAUGUUGCUGCUGUCCCAGUCCCUGUUGCUGUACCCAAACCCUACCCCGUUCCAGUUGAUCGUCCCUACCCUGUUAAGGUACCAGUAGCUGUACCCAAACCAGUACCAGUCGCUGUACCUGUCCCAGCCCCAUACCCUGUUGUUAAGACCCAAACAGUUCAUGUUCCAGUUGACAGACCUUACCCUGUCAAAGUACCAGUACCAGCUCCCUACCCAGUUAAAGUACCUGAACCCCACCCAGUUCCAGUUCCAGUCCCUCAACCCGUCGUCGUUAAAGAACACGUUCCCGUUUAUGUUCAGGCUCAUGGACACGGAUAUGGACAUGGAUACGGACACGGAUACGGACACGGAUAUGGACAUGGAUACUAUUGAAGAUGCUAAAUAAACAUUUUAGCGAUUAAUCACCAAAUUCACUUUUAUACUUCACCUUUUUUCAUAUAUAAAUUACAACCCACUUGUCAAGAAUGAAUAUCUCGACACCAAAUCGCCUGCAUUAGCAUUGUUCGUUUAUCACGACAUAUGCAAUCAACCAAAAUACUCUGUCUUUUAUUUAGAUUUUAAAAUUUUAGAAAAUUUCAUUGAUGAUAAAUAAAUUGACUUUUGUCAUGUUUUUCGUAUAAAA